AUGAAAUUUCAGCCACUGCUGUCACUGCUCACUACGCUCACACUCGCCUUCGCCAUGCAGAACCAGCUGAUCUUUGACGCCAAAGCAGCGGCGGGCGGCUUCACCAUCGCCAGCAGCGACUAUGCGGCACCCCUACUCAUCCGGAAAAGCGAGCCAGACGCGCUACACGUCGCGGUCAACACCUUUGCGGAGGACGUCGAGCGGGUGACCGGUGUCAAGCCCAAGGUGUAUAUCGAUACUUUGCCAAAGGAUACGAAGGGCGCCAUCGUCGUCUCUACGGUCGGACUGGCGGGUGGGAAGGGGGAUGGAGCUCAGCAGGCGUUUUCUGCUGGAGGCGACGACUUGGCGGGGAAGUGGGAGUCGUACCGAGUCAGCGUGGUGAAUGGACAGGAGUAUGGGGCGGAGCAGGUCCUGGCUGUGACUGGUAGUGACAAGCGCGGCGCGAUCUACGCUCUUUAUACCCUCUCCGAGCACAUGGGCGUCUCUCCCUGGUACUGGUGGGCCGAUGUCCCCUCGCAGAGCCAAUCCCACAUCGCUUUUCCCUCUGACGCCACGUAUGUCCAUGGACCGCCCGCCGUCAAGUAUCGCGGCCUCUUCUUGAACGACGAGCAACCCGUCCUCUGGAACUGGGCGCGAGAGCACUUCAAGAUGGGCGACAAGCCGCCGUUCCAGGUUGGGAUGUACGAGCGCUUCUUUGAGCUCCUUCUCCGUCUCAAGGCGAACUACGCUUGGCCAGCUAUGUGGGCAAGUAUGUUUGCUGCGGACGGUCUCGAACAGCCGGGCGGCAAGCUUCCCAAGGAGGCGAUCCCCGGUCCGAACCAGGCUCUCGCGGACAAGAUGGGUAUCGUCAUGGGCACAUCGCACCACGAACCCAUGUCUCGGAACCAGAAGGAGUGGACGACGUGGUCUGAGGGCGCGUGGAACUUUGAGAAGAACCCGGAAGAGCUCACUGAGUUCUGGCGGUAUGGGGCUGAGCGGGCCAACGGGCUAGAGACCGUGUUCACCGUGGGAAUGAGGGGUGAUGGAGAUCUGCCGCUGGAUGGAGCCAACAUCGAGUUGCUCGAGAGAAUUACGUCGGUACAGCAAAAGCUCCUCAAAGACCAGUAUGGGGAGAUCAAGGAUAUCCCUCAGCUCUGGGCUAUUUACAAGGAGGUCAUGGAGUACUACGCCAACGGUCUCAAAGUUCCCGAAGAAGUCACCGCUCUCAUCGCUGAUGACAACUGGGGCAACCUCGUCGCCGUUCUCCCGGACGAUCGCCGCAAGCCCAAGGCCGGAGGCAUCUACUACCACGCCGACUACGUCGGAGACCCCAGGGACUACAAGUGGAUCAACACCGUGCCUCUCGCUAAGAUGUGGGAACAGCUCAACGUCGCUCUCUCGUUUGACAUGAACGAGAUCUGGAUCCUGAACGUCGGAGACCUCAAGUUUCUCGAGACGCCCUUGGAGUUCUUCUUGUCUAUCGCGUAUGAAGGGCGGGCUACACAGCGAGAUGGGAUGCUGGGCUGGUUGAAGGGCAGGGCAGAGCGGGACUUUGGUGAGGAGCACGCUGGUGAGAUCGCCGAGAUCAUGGCGCUGUACUCGAUCUACGCGUCGAGGAGAAAGGCGGAGCUGCUUGACUCGGAGACUUACUCCCUCGUCAACUUCAACGAAUCUGACCGCAUCCUCCAAGACUGGCAGGACCUUGAGGUCCGCGCGGCCAAGGUUCACUCCGCGCUCGGUUCACGUCAGACUGCCUUCUACGAGAUGGUCCUCGUCCAAGUACAGCUCCAGACCAACCUGAACCGGCUGUACAACUCGGCUGCCAAGUCCAACCUGUACGCUACUCAAGGCCGGACCGCUGCGAACCGUUUUGCCCAAGACGCACUCGACUGCUUUGACCGGGACGAAGAGUUGACGCAAGAGUUCAACAAGGUCGAGAAUGGCAAAUGGAACCACAUGCUUUGCCAGACCCACAUCGGCUACCAAUACUGGCAGAUGCCAGUCCGUAACAGCAUGCCCCCCACCUCCCGUAUAUCCAAGCACCAAGCGUCUUGGGCGAACGGCCAUCUCAUCAAUGUACGGUAUACCGUCGAGAACUGCCUCGGAGCGUGGCCCGGAGACAACAGACACAACUGCCCUCUCGGAUACGCAUGCCCCGACCCCACUCUUCUCCCUAUGGACAAAUACGGCCAGCCGCGGUGGGUCGAGGUCGGCUCGGGCGGACCGGAGGACGUCAACUUUACAGCCAAGGCGGAUCAGGACUGGGUCAAGGUUGAGCCCUCAUCUGGUCUCAUCAAGAAGGACGGGUCGACGGACACCCGGGUCUACAUCUCGAUCGACUGGAGCAAGGCCAAGGGCGACGCGGCGCACGUCACCCUCGAGUCGGACGACAAGGCGGAUCCCAUGAUUGUCACCAUUCCUCUCCGGUACCUCUCUCCUCCGUCCGACUUCCGCGGCGCGGUCCAAGGCGACGGCUACGUCUGCCUCGAGGCGUCUCACCACCUCAACACCUCGUCUUCAUCCCACAACGGGACCGAGUACCGAUGGGAGGAGAUCCCGUACUAUGGUCGUACCCACUCCGGCAUGUCCGUCUACCCCGUCGAGAACUACCGGCUCCCCGCGUCUGUGCGUCCUAGUAUACGGUAUGACUUUUGGUCUACCGCCUCGGAAGAGGCAGAGCUCAUCUUCCACCUCGGUCCCACCAACAACUACAACCUCGGGAGCCGCCUCGCAUUCGCUAUUCAGAUGGACGAGCAGGAGGUGGUGGAGAUUGAGCCGAUCCCCAAGGCGCCGCUGGGCGAGUUGUCGGCGGACUGGGAGGACAUCGUGGCCAAGGAGAUGAGGGAGGUCAAGGUGAAGGUCAAGCUUGGGAAGGAGGGGGUACAUACCCUCAAGGUGUUUGGUGUGACGUCGGGUAUCGUGCUGGAGAGGGUCAUGGUGGAUCUGGGAGGGAUUGCGGAGAGGGGAUAUAGCUACUUGGGUCCUGUAGAGAGCGUGAUCGUGUGA